AUGGCUGCCAGUAAUAGCAGCAGUGCAGCGCGGCAGUGGAUGGAUCUUCAGGAGUUACUCACUCAUGUUACUCCAAGGAUGGGUGUUAAGGACUCCUUCAAAUGGCGCAUUGACAAGGACGACGUUUUCACAGUAAUGUCUUGUUUUUCUUGGUUUUUCGCAAAGUUGUCAGGGCCUACUCUUAAUGAUCAAGUGAUAAAAGCUGCAACUUUUUUGUGGAAUCUUAAUGCCCCUUCAAACUUCUUGUUCUUUGGUUGGAGAAUUAUUCAUGAUAGAAUUGCUACCAAGGAUAAUUUGCUCAAAAGGGUUAUCUUAGAUGUCAACGACUCUUUUUGUGUAUUUUGUUCGAUAACGGAGGAAACAUUACUCCAUUUGUUAGGAGGCUUCUGA